AUGAUGUCAACUAUAAAAAUAAAAAUGCGCCUGAUCUUAAAAAAUCACGGUGCGACCACAUUCGUCAGACAAAAGACAACAAUGGAAUUUAAUUACACUUCUAUCGGAACCACGAUAGACUUUGACGAACUUAACUUCGCCGAGAAAUUCUGGGUGAAUUGGUUUAAUUCCUUUGAUAAUGUAGUCUUUGCCACCGGCCUCUUGGCGUUUAUCAUGCACGAAACAGCGUAUUUUGGACGUUGUGUCCCUUUCUUUAUUGCUGACUUUAUUCCGGCUCUUCAGAAAUACAAACUUCAGCCAAACAAAGUAAAUACUGUGGCGCAACAAUGGGAAUGCACAAAGGCGGUAUUGCGAAACCACUUUGGGAUCGAAUUGCCUUUGAUUUUUGGUUUUCAUCCGGUGGCCGUGUUUUUCGGCAUGGACGUGACAAUCGUCCCCUUCCCGUCUUGGCAAAAAAUAGCAUUACACGUGGCUUUCUUUUUUGUUUUUGAAGACACAUAUCACUAUUGGUUCCAUCGUCUUUUACAUUAUGGAAACUUUUAUAAAAAUAUCCACAAACAACAUCAUGAAUAUUCCGCGCCUUUCGGAAUGUGUGCUGAAUAUGCACAUCCACUUGAGGUUAUAAUAUUAGGAAUAGGAUCAAUUGGAGGACCCAUAGCCUGGGUAGCCAUGACUCAUGACCUCCACUUGAUCUCAGUUUUUAUUUGGAUUACUCUUCGAUUAUUCCAAACGAUCGAUGCUCAUUCUGGAUAUGAUUUCCCAUGGUCUCUUCGUCACUUCGUUCCUUUUUGGGCUGGUGCUGAACACCAUGACUACCAUCAUAUGGCUUUUGUUAAUUGCUUUUCCACUUCCUUUAGAUGGUGGGAUUAUUUAUGCGGAACUGAUUUGAAAUACCAUGCAUAUAGAGAAAAAAAGUCCCAGGAAUUAAAAGCCGCGGCUACCACUGCCAAAAAAACGAGUUAA